AUGCUCUCGUCGCGCAUCUCAGUCCCUCUCCCUCCCACGCCCGAGACCGAAGAUAUUCUCUCGGCCGCCUUGUCGAGCCUGUUCACCGACGACACGCAAACCAACCACGGCACGCCCGGUUCGAGCGUCGUCUACCACUCUCCUCGGUUGGGGAACAUCGGCCUACGCAUCCCGGCCCACCCGGAUGUCGAGGAAGGCCGCAAACUGUUUGCCCACUACCUGUGGAACUCUGGUGUCAUUGCCGCCGAUGCCAUUGAGACGGCGAGUCAUGAACAAGAUGGGGAUGACGAUGAAAAGAAAGACGAUGAAGACAAAUCAUUCGACCGAACCCUAGAGGGUGGUCACGAGAUUCAAGAUGCAACCGAAACUCCUUGGACAUGGAACAGGAAAUACUGGGACGUCAGAAGCAAGCGGGUUCUAGAGUUGGGCGCUGGCACAGCUCUUCCCUCUCUGAUAUGUGCGCUGUCGGGCGCUGCGUCGACCACCAUCACCGACCAUCCCUCAUCACCCGCCCUGACGACGGGUGCAAUUGAGCAGAAUGUCAAAGCCAACGUUUCCGAUCGAAAGCAAACCGUCGAUGUCGACGACAGUAACAGUACCCCUGGACAGCCCGGCCUGUCAUCUGAACCCGACACCCACACCAUCUCCUCAAAACCAAACCACACCAUCUCCUCACAGCCAAACCCGAACCCGAACCCUAACCCUAACCCUAACCCUGUGGUGCAUGUGUUCGGGUAUACAUGGGGCACCGGCAAAAUGUACCUUCCCAACCACUACGGCAAGCCCGCACCACGCCAGCCCGAUGGGUUCGACAGGAUCAUCGUCGCCGAUUGUUUGUGGAUGCCUUCUCAGCACACCAACCUGGUCAAGACCGUCCUGCGAUACCUCGAUCCGCUGCGGCCUGACAGUUAUGCCUUGGUCGUGGCCGGGUUUCACACCGGCCGCGCCAUUGUGCGCCAUUUCUUCCACGUCGCCACGGGCGAGUGGAAAGAUGAAGACCCCGACCCCGACCCUGAGACCGCAUCUCAGGAUCAAGACCCUGAGGUUGCAGAGGUCCAGGGCCGGCUGAAAGCGGUCGAGAUGUUUGAAGUCGACGUCAAUGGCACUCGAAGACCCUGGCAGCCUGCACGUGACGGAGAGACCAAGGUCGACACCAGGAGGUGGUGUGUUUGCGCUGUACUUGUGAGAAGAUGA